GAAUCCUUUUGACUUCGAUUUUUGUGCUGUUUCGUACAUGAGCUAUAUGUAUCUAUAUAUAUAUAUAUCAUCGUGCCCAUCACUCUGCCAGUAGUGUUUGCCCUCGAUCUGCCUGAAACUAAUAAUAUCUCUGGAAGAAACUAAAAACAUUUAAUGCCAUGGGAAGAACACCGUGCUGUGACAAAAAUGGACUCAAGAAAGGGCCAUGGACGCCGGAAGAAGACCAGAAGCUUAUCGAUUAUAUUCAGAAACAUGGAUAUGGUAGCUGGAGAACUCUUCCCAAGAAUGCUGGGUUGCAGAGGUGCGGAAAGAGCUGUCGUCUCCGGUGGACGAAUUAUCUCCGGCCGGACAUAAAAAGAGGGAGAUUUUCAUUUGAGGAAGAAGAGACAAUUAUUCAGCUCCACAGUAUACUCGGAAACAAGUGGUCGGCGAUUGCGGCGAGGCUGCCGGGAAGGACGGACAACGAGAUAAAGAACUACUGGAACACACACAUAAGGAAAAGGCUUCUGCGAAUGGGGAUCGAUCCAGUCACCCACACCCCUCGUCUCGACCUCCUCGACCUCUCCGCCAUUCUCAACUCUAAUAAUAUUCCGACAGGAUCAUCAGGACCGAUGAAUUUCUCCACCUUGUUAGGGCUGCAGCCUCUGAUCGAUCCUCAGUUGAUUCGCCUCGUUUCGUCCCUGCUGUCCUCACAAAAUCAGGGUUUUCAGACAAUUGCCGAUGGUAAUAAUCAUCUUCCCCAAUCUUCGAUCCAGUUGCCCUCGCAAAUUCAAGCUCCUGGGCAGGAUAAUUUAUCAGCGCCAUACGACGUCGUUCCGCCGGAGAAUCUCGACGGGCAGAAUUACGGGGAAUGGCAGCAAAGCGCUGACCAGUCGAUGCUUUCUUCUCUUACAGAAGAUUACCUGCAAAUACCUAACAACGGCGGCUACUACGCGUCGGACCAGUCCGCCGUCGGUGGCGGCGCGCCUUCGUCGGAGACGACGACUUUUCAAUCUAAUUACGGCGGCGCCGGCGCCGGCGGUGGUGGAAAUUUUAGCUUUCAAUCUGGUUUGUCGAAUAUAUCUACGCCAUCGUCGAGUCCAACGCCGUUGCAUUCGAAUUCGAAUAAUAACAAUGUUUACAGCACGAGCAGCAGCAGCAGCAGCGCCGAGGACGAGAGGGAAAGCUAUUACAGCAACAUUUUGAAGUUUCAACUUUCAGACAUCAUAGACGUUAACGAUUUCAUGUAAUUAAUUUCCUCAUGUCGUCGUCGUCAAGAUCUGUGUAAGGUGAUACGGAUCUGUAGACUGCAUUCUGUUUGUUUCUGUUUUUAAUUUUCAGGUCACAUACGUGUCUUGUAAGGAUCAAUAUAAUUUCAGUAGAAGUAAUUAGAUUAACUUUGCUUAAUUAAAUCAGUUUAUUUCUUCUUCCAUGGCUUUCCGA